CUGCCACUUGACAACACACCAUCAAUGGCGACAGACUCUCAUGCCAUCGUCUUCGGGGCAGCUGGACUGCUCGGAUGGGCGACCUUGAACCAGCUGCUCUCCGGUUACCCCUCAUCAAGCCCAUUCUCUCGUGUCACCGCGGUCCUCAAUCGACCCGUCGCCGAGUCUGACCUCUGCUUGCCUUCAGGACCGAACAGCCCUUCGUUUGGACUGGUUUCCGGGAUUAAUUUGCUACAGACAAACACAGAUGAUCUGGCAAAACAAUUACAAGAAAAGGUCACCGGCGCGGAAGGGAUAACCCACGUCUUUUAUUUCGGUAGGUAUCGGUCGGAAGCAGGGUUUAGAUGACGAGUUACCAACAUCGAUAAGUCUUUGCGCCGUUCAACGAUGACCAUAUCCAAGAGUGUACCCAGAACUGCGGUAUGAUGCAGCGACUGGCCGACGCAUUGAACAUCGUCGCCCCAAGGCUCCGGUCGUUUGUGUAUUCCGGCGGAUCAAGGGGCUACGGUAUUUACAAUCCCAGUGGCGUCUUCCAGCCACCACUCGAAGAAUCCAUGGCCGACAGCUUACCGGCAGACUACGCCAAAACCGUCGCAUAUCCGUGGUUUCGAAAGAUUCUGACUGAAGCCAGCAAGGAUCGCAAUUGGACCUGGAGUGAGGUCUGUCCGGAUGCCGUGGUUGGGUUUUCUCCCAAUGGCUCGGCGUACUCCCUUGCUCUUCACUGGGCGCAAUACCUUUCUCUAUAUGCAUACAAUCACAGAGGCUCCACCGACAAAGAGAUCGAGGUUCCGUUUCCGGGGAGUGAGGCUGGUUAUCGAUCGCUGUACACGCCCGUGUCGAGUGAGAUUCUCGGGCGCAUUUCAAUCCAUGCAGCACUACAUCCCAAAUCAUGCGGUGGAAAGAUCAUCAACAUGCUAGACAACGAUACGCCCGUAAGCGCUAGCGACCUGUGGCCGGGCAUCGCGGGCUGGUUCGGGCUGAAAGGGGUGGGACCAGCGGAAGACGACACUCUCAAACCAAGUGAAUAUGUCGACAAAUACCGCCAUCUGUUCGCUCAAAAUGGGGUUCCGAAGGGACUGACCUGCGGCGUUGGUGAGGGGAAGAAGCAAUUGGAUUCCGUUGGGUGGUGGCUCACUUUUGACCGACAGUUCAGUUCCAAGAGGUUGAGGUCGGUGGGGUUUACUGAGCAGCGAGAUCCGGUUGAUGGCUGGCUGGAGGCAUUCGAGAGAUUCAGAGCGGCGGGAAUUAUCUUUUGAACUGCUGUGUCUGGUGGUAGUGUUAUAUGUACAGCUGCUCGCUAGCUUUAUUUGGGAUAUUAUCCUGAGAAUGAAUCUAUGAUCCCUACUUG